AUGGAUAAGCAACAACAACAACAACAACAAAAUGAGCAAACCAGUAGCACCAACUGGCCUCCGAAUGCCAGCAAUGAUGCCAACAAGUUCCGGUUCCAGCAAGGUAUCCCUGAUGCUACUCCUCAAAACCGAAGAGAGUCCUUUUCAAAGCUGACCGAACAACGUCGUCGUUCAUCCACUCAAAUGGAGCAAUUCCAACAACAAUACAAGGAUCAAUCGGUCAUUCGACGCUUUUUGGGAUUGUAG